GAGCGCAGUGCAUACAGUUAUCACAGCAUGCACUCCGCUUCGCUCUAGCUCUCUUGCUCGCUCAUGAUAUUGUUCUUGCCCGGCUCUCGCAGGGGGCUCACGAUUCUCUUGUCUUUAAUACUUUUUUAUUUUUCUCUCUUCCUCUUCUCUUCUUCUGCUUCUGGUCCUCGCUUUAUAGUUUUUUGCUGUCUCUUUCCUUCUUACGGCCAGAGCUUGCUUUGCCGGCAUGCUUGCCUGCUUGCCUACUUGUUGGCUUGUCUCGCUUGCUCCCUAGCUUACUUGCAGCGCUGCUCACAAGGGAUCACUUGGGCAUGCAGCGCAGAGUGAGCGGUGAGCGUCAGACCAGUCAGAGCAAGGCCGGGCAGGGCAAGGCAGGGCAAGGCAGGUGCUCGCAGAUGACAUUGACAUACCCCCGAGAAAUUCUAAAUGUGACGUUCAGCUUGCUUUUAGAUUGCUUGUUUGCUUGCAUGCACCAUGCUACCUACGCGCUGCUGCUCAACCUACUUACCUGCUGCACACGCACAUACAUCUCACCACUUGCCACCGCGGCAGGAACUGCACCACCUCCCUACCCUACCUGCCUACCCUACCCCUGUCAGCGCGUUCCUAGUGGCUGCGGUUGCGCGCGAGGCGCUGCUGGGCGACUCUGGGCGCUGACUCGGCUCGUCUCGGCUUGCCGCGGGCUGCGGGGACGGAUCGUGUGGCCCGAUGUGGCCGUGCGUGCUGCUGGGGUUCGGGCGUGGUGUGGUUGGGUGUGGCUGCGGUUUUGGCCCCAAUUCCGGCCGGGGUCUGUCUGCGUGCUGCGGAUAGGUAGGCAGGGUGCGGACAUAGUGGGCGGGUGGGCGGGUGGGUGGGGUGUCGCGCUUGCCGCGCGUGUACGCACUUUAAGAGGUAGAGCGUGCUGCGUGCAGCCUUGUGGGAAAAGGGGAUUAUAGAGGGGAAUAGGAGUUGGAGUGCGGGACGCGGUUGAUCGUGGAGUGAUUGUUGUGUGUCGGCAACGCAUCCAAGUCGACACAUUGUGCUCGGUGUGGGCGGGCGGUCAAGGGGGCGUAUGUAAG